AAUCACAGCGAAAUAAAAGGUUCGGCGACCGGCUGAUGUGUUUAUAUUUUUUAAACGUUCACAAUGGACGACAAUUUGAGUAAUUUGAGCAAUUUGAGUAAUUUAACUGAUAAUUCGAAUGACAUAAUUGAAAGCGCUUCAAACUACAUCUUUGAUGAGAAAAUUUUGAACUUUCAACAUUCGUUCGGUUAUGACAGCAAACGCUUGUCAAAUCUUUGUUUAAUAUCCGACAGCGUACUGGUCUUUGCUUCAGGCAAUCUAAUUCAUUUCUUUGACAUCGAUACGAAGAAAAUUCGGACACGGAAAACCGAAAAUGACGGCGGAAUCGGAUACAUUACGAAAAAUCCCAACCCAAUCUACAAUCACAUAAUCAUCGCGGAAAAUGGUCCCGCAGCGGCUAUCUACAUCUAUAAAUUUCCCGAAAUGGAAAUGGUUUCGAAAUGCCAGCAAGACGAUACGGUUGAAUAUUCGUGUCUCGAUUUUAAUCCAGACGGAAGCAUGAUGGUCUCACAGACAGGCCCGCCGAAAUUUUUUAUCACAAUUUGGAAUUGGAAAUCGUCGUCGAUCAUACUGAACACCAAAUCCACCAAAAAUGUCGUUUUUCGAGUCAUGUUUUCGCUGUUCGAUCCGUACCAGUUAACCACCUGCGGUCAAGGUCACAUUCAAUUUUGGAAAAUAUCGGAAACAUUUUCCGGCCUGAAGCUGAAGAGCCAGAUCGGACGUUUUGGUAAAACGACAAUCAGCGACAUAUCGGCUAUUUUUGCAAUGGGGAACGGGCAUGUGUUGUCCGGCAGUGAAUGGGGCAAUAUUUUGGUGUGGGAAGAGGGACUGAUCAAGUUCGAAGUUUGUCGCAAAGAUCGAAGCACUUGUCAUGCGAGUGGAAUUACACAGAUUGCAUAUAAGAAUGGGGAUGUCAUGACAGUUGGAUUAGAUGGUUAUGUGCGGAUAUGGUUUUGGGAAACUGUGAACAAUGCUGAUCCGCCAGACACGGAUCCUUUUGUUCCAAUCGAACCUACCUACGAGUUUCGAAUCGGCGACGAAGAAAGUUGUUGCUCCUUGAUGUCCUUGGUCCGAAUAAAUCCUCACGAAAAUUGGUGGUAUGCUCAAGAUGGUAACGGCGGUAUAUGGAAAUGUGACCUGAGUCUGGUAAAUAGUCCAAGCUCUUCCGAAAGACUAUUUCGCUGUCAUUCGGGAAAAAUCAUUGGAAUCGGAGUGUGUCCGUACCAGCCAAUCAUUGCAACAUUGGGUGAAGAUGGUCGAUUGCACUUCUAUGACUACGAAUCGAAAGAAUUGAUGAUGUGGAAGCAAUUCCAUUCGAAUGGAAGAUGUCUCAUUUGGCUGGACACGGAUGUUGACCCGAGUGGACGAAUUUUGAUUCUGGGCUUUGCUGAUGGUGUUAUACGAGUUGUGGCAGCAGAUCUUGACCAAACAGAUAUCGCCGAGCCUGUUCGUCUGAUUCAAGCCAUUAAACCCCAUAAAAGUGACGUCAGCAGAAUAUCGAUGAAUAACGGGAAAACUCUGCUCAUUUCCGGUUCGACUGACCGAACCAUUUUCAUCUUCCAAAUUCGAAAAGAGCUUCCCAAUGUUACGCUAGAACCGGUCGGUUUCAUCGCUACGCCAUCAGGGGUGACGGCAUUCAGUUGGAAGCCUCAAUCGUUCGCUACUGCUCUGGCAGGAUGUGAACAUGGCGACAUUUUACAAUUCGAAAUCACCGAAACGGAUCUACUCCACUCGAGUGAAACGUAUCAGUUGAAUGGGAUCAAGAUGAUUCAAACGAAAUUCAAGUCGGUCAAGUCGCAAAUCAACCGGGAUCGUCAGUUGAGGCGAAUUAAGCAGCGCAAAGCCGGAAAGCGAUUAAUGAAAGUCAGAAAGCUGAAAGAUCUACGUCGAGCGAAUCCGGAUGUUCGCAUAGACGAGGCGACAUUUUUGGAGGAUUCCGAGUCCGAGGAAGAAGUGGAACCACUGCAUAUUCCGAAGGUCGGCAACCCCGUACUGUGGAUUCGCUAUACGACUUCAGAUACGAUUUGGAUGACUGUCGGGGAAUACGAUUGUGGAUACGUCUACGAGUACGACAUCAACAACAGCGAUCCGCUGCACUGCAUCGAACUGAAGCGUGCGGUCGAGAUGGAAGUGAAUAGUUUCCUGCAAAUCAAUGACUUCCUAAUCUUCGGAAUGAGUAACGGAUCGUUACGCAUCCACAAAAUCCAUCAAGAUUUUCGAAAUCUUACCAAUUUCAUCGAGAUUAAUAUGCACGACCGAAUGAAUGGCAUAAUCAAUCAUAUCGCUCUGUCGCGCGACUCACAAUUCCUAUUCACGGUCGGAAAUGACAGCAACAUUUUCAGUUACAAGAACAAUAUUCCCGGGACGCAGAGAGUAUCCAGCCGAAAAUCAGCUCCCUCCACAUCAAUGGAGUCGUUCGCAAUGGUCGAAGAUAUUACGGAUCCGCUGAGUCUUACAUUGGAAGAGCAACGGAUCAAGCACAAUAUCGACAAAGUCAAUCAAAUCGCCGAUGUCAACAAGGCGAAAAUGAAGAAAAUUAUCGCCGACUACAAAGUGGAGUUUCUCGACAUUGUGCGACGCAAUGCCUUACUCAAAGCAUCGAUGCAAUUGGACCUGAAAACGGUGAAUUUAGACGAUCGCAUAACGGCUGACAUUCAGAAGCGAUUGGACGAAGAAAUGGAAUUGGUGGAACGACGGAAAGCCUACGAAGUGGAGAAGUGUAAGCUGCUGACGAAGAAAGUUAAGGACUUCUAUAUCAGCCCGUUGCAGGAAUUGCCCAUUGAACUACAUGGAAUUAAAACAAAUACGACCCUGAAGAGUUUCCGGGUCAUGAAAAUCCGUGAUGAACUGACCACUCAAAAGAAUCCAUUCGAUAGAGAUGUGGGAAAGGAGGGAAAAGACGGGACACUUCACGAACCGAAAACGUCUCUCACAACCGUAACUGACGAGGAUGGCAUAAUGAUCUUUUUGAAUGAGUUCGAGAGCCGCAAUAGUGAGCUCAAAUUUGAAUUGCAAAUGAAGCGACUUUGGGAGAAAUAUUGUCACCGGAAAAUGGACGAGAAGAACAAGAGCAUAGAGUGGACAAAUAUGACGGCAGUUAUGCCCGAUCUGGACAAAAACGAUCCAGAAGAUAUCCGUGCACUCAAAAUGGCCGAAUCACAAAUCGGCGACUAUAAGCUCAAAAGAUUUUCGGUCUACGUUCGCAACAUCGAUAACCGGACAACGACAAGCGCUAAAUUCCAGGAGAUUUUAAAUGUUCGCACAGAAAUCGAUUCUAUCCGACGGAACUUUAAUCGACGCGCAUUCGAAUUGAGAAACGCAAAAGAGAAAUUGGUUUCGUAUGCACAAGUCAAGUUGGGCGAGCUUGGUGAGAUUCAUUUGUUGCUGCAGCCGCACGCGAGAAAAACCAUUUCGGUCAUUCCGCAAAUGGUGGACGAUAAGGAGUUUCCGCAGAAAGUUUUCGAUGAACUGGAAAACUUUGACAGAAUCAAUCCCGAACCACAGGCCGAGGACUCAAAGGCUGCUGAAAAGAAAAUCGAUUUUUCAGUCAUACUCUCACGCGUACUCGAUUUCCAAGAGAUUUCGUCCAAUGAAGCCAUUGACCUUUUUCCAGAAAAAAGCUCUUGGGAGCGAGAGCUGACGCAGCUCAAACAAAUCGAGUUAGAAUUCCGUCAAAAUCAGAUCAUCAAAGACGUUGAUUCUCGCAUCGACCAAUUCGAUGCGGAUCUGAACGAACUGAAACAGACCCGGCUGCAAACCGAAACCGACCUGAAAUUGUUGGAAAUUCGACUUAUUUCGCUGAAUCAGGAGCUGUGUAUCGUUAAAGACUUUGAGCGAAUCGAAAACCAUCUCAUCGAUCAGGUGGAAACCGGUGAACGUGAGUAUGCCAACGUCGUGCAGACAAUGGACGAUUUGAAUCAGGAAAUUGUGGCGCACAAUCGGAAAAUCAGAACUAACAUCGAGCUGAUGGCCAGCAUAAGUCAACAGUUCAGUGGCAGCGUGGCCAACAACAAGUACACGAAAUUUUUGUCCAAAGUUUUUAAGAGAAAACCGCCAAAGGAGAGGAAGAAUGGAGAUGACGAAGAGGAUGAAGAUUCGUCGGAAGAUUCAUCGGACUCAUCGGAUGACGAUGACAUCAGUUUAAAUUCGAAAACCGACAUCGGUGCAUUGUACUUUGACGAGAAUGUUUGUCCCAAGGAUUGUGACCGAAAUCUGUAUGAUCUCACCAUGAAGUUACGUUCGCGACGGCAGAGCCUUGAAUUGAGUAACCGGUCCUCGCAGACCGAAAUCGAAACCAUUAAGAAAACUCUGACGACUUUGGCCAAAAAACUGACGGACCAUGAGAAGCAGUUGGCUGUGUACAAUGGUGACCUGAUGGCGUGUAUGAAAGAGAAACAGAGCAUGAUCAACGAUGUGAACCACUUGGUGAUACUGAGAUCACAUCAACUGCAACACUUUACCACCAAAUCAGAACUGUUUGCCGUUGAUAAGAGCAUCGUUUUCGACGUUUCCGUUUUCAAUAAAUUGUUUGCCAGGGUCGGCGAAUUGGAACUGGAGACAAUUGAGUCGCAGCGGAAGCACAGAGUCAAUAUCAUACACUUGGCUCGCAUGAACACCGACUGCCGUUACAUGGAAGGGCAUAUAUGCGAGCUGAACAGGGACCUGCAACAGGCGAUGGUUAAGAAAUUCGGGAUGUCAGUGAAUUUGGACGAAUUGCAAGAGACCAUACUGAAUCGGUUCGCGUUCAUGAUUCGAUCGAAUUUCGAAGAUAUCAAAAAGGAAUAUGCCAAGAAGGCGGAUGAACUGAAGAGCGUUCUGUCAGACAAAAAAACGGAACUACAGCAGCACGUUCUGCAAGUGAUCGAAAAACUGAACAUUCUGGCUGUUCUGGAAGAAGACCGAAAUUACAUCAACAAUGUACUGCAGUCACAACAAAAGACAGAGAAACUUCGGUCCACAAGACCGCCAGUGAAUGUGAAACAAGACGUAGCCAAACUGCAAGAGAUUUCACAGCAGCAAUUGCAAACUAUUGCGGACUUGGAAAAGGAAAUCUACACGCUACGACUGAAAGCGAAACCUUUCGGCACUCCGAACAACGACAAUCCGUUUGCGAACAAUAUCAAUCUUCACAUCGAUGGAUACGAUGACUGCAACACCAAGUCAAGUACUAGCACAACCGGAAUGAACAAUAAACUGAUCAUUUCCCAUCUCGUGGCCAAUUUCUUCGGAUGCAAAAGCACCACCAAAGAACCGAGACAUGCCCAAAGCGACAUUGAUCACAUAAGCCAAUUUCUAUACGACUCCAUCCAAAGCCUCAAUUUCGACGAAAUGGAGCAGAGUAUUGCGGCUCUAGUGGAAAGUUUCCAGAAACGUUUGCCACGCAACUGGUACGACAAGUGUUCGGCCACCCAAAUUGCCCUGUUCAUUCAGGACGUCUUUCGGAAGGUACAUUUGCAUUCGUACGACGAUCAAACCGAUUUCGAGCCGGAGGAAUUGCUUUACGGCAUCGUUCAGGACGUUAAGGACUCCAUCUCACCGACUCAUCCGGAUUACGGACAGAAAUUCUACACGGAAUUGUUUACGAAUCUGUUGCACAAUAUGCGCAUCGAAGAUCUGCUGAACAGUGACGUUCUGAGCGUGUUGAUGUCCAUUCUGUUGCAGCACGUGGGAACGAUUAGUGUGUCCGGCGAAAUGGAGAAACGAAUUUUCUCGGCGUUGACGGAUAGUUUGUUGGUGGCGUCGAACGAUAAUGUCGAUGUUGCGGCGCUGAAACAAUUGACCGAUUACGUGUUCAAUGCGAUGAGAAAUAAAAGAAGAUAAAUUCGGACUCGAGAAACG